AAAUUCUGCGAUGCGUACGGUUUAGGUUUGAGGCCGCACCAACAAGAGCAAACCGGUGCCAUAACAUUUGAACGCAAACAUGAGUGACGACCUGGAUCCAGAGCUGGAGUACGUCUUGUUAAACAAGCGCGAUGCCAAAGUGUACCAGGUGCCGCCAGCAGCAUCUGCCUCUGGCCACAAGGCAUCAGACUGGAAGGAAGCCAUUUGGCGAGGGAAUGUGCGGGUGGUGGCACGCGGCAAGGAGGUGUCAAUACGUUUGCUGGACAGUGGCUCGGGCAAUCUAUUUGCACAGUGUGUGAUUCCCAACGCGCAGUACGACAGCUAUGUUGAGCGCGUGGUGGAUUCCAGCCGGUACUGGGUUUUGAAGAUAGUGAAUGGGCAGCGCCAUGCCUUCAUCGGCUUCGGAUUCAGUGACCGCAACGAUGCUUUUGAUUUCAAUGCCUGCCUCGCGGAUUUCAAGGCAAACUUUGUGGACAAGGUCCAUGAGGCCAGGGCUGCCGCAGAAAUGCCCACGAAGGACCUGUCGCUGAAGGAAGGGCAGACCAUCACAGUCAGCCUGCCUGGAAAAGGCGGCAGGCGCCGGGAAAAAGCUGCAGGCUACGAAGCUAGCAUGCUGGCUCCGCCGCCUUCAUCCACCGGAGCCUCCUCAAUUCCCUCAAUCCAGGCGCCCGCCUCCGCUGCCUAUGUGGCGCCUGCGCCUGCUGGGGACGCAGAUGACUUUGCGGACUUUGCGGACUUUCAGUCGGCAGCAGCCACUGGGUCCCAGUGACCCUUCGUGGGGAA